AUGGCGCAGCCACUGCUUGCACCGCCAGGACCAGACAGCCUCCGCCUUUUUACCCGAGAAUCUCUUGCAGCUAUUGAGAGACGCAUUGCAGAAGAAAAAACCAAGAGACCCAAGGAACGUCAUGUGGAUGAUGAUGAAAAUGGCCCAAAGCCAAAUCGUGACUUGGAAGCCGGUAAAUCACUACCAUUUAUUUAUGGUGACAUACCUCCAGGGAUGGUUUCUGAGCCAAUGGAAGACCUGGACCCAUUUUACAGCACAAAAAAAACCUUUAUAGUAUUGAACAGAGGGAAGGCAAUCUUCCGAUUUAGUGCCACACCUGCCUUGUACAUUUUAAGUCCUUUCAAUCCUUUAAGGAAAUUAGCUACUAAGAUUUUGGUACAUUCAUUGUUCAGCAUGCUUAUCAUGUGCACUAUUAUGACCAAUUGUGUGUUUAUGACCAUGGAUAAUCCUCCAGACUGGACGAAGAAUGUAGAGUACACCUUCACUGGUAUUUACACAUUUGAAUCGCUUAUAAAAAUUCUUGCAAGGGGCUUCUGUAUAGAUAAUUUCACUUUUCUCCGAGAUCCAUGGAACUGGCUGGAUUUCAGUGUCAUUCUUAUGGCAUAUGUGACAGAGUUUGUGGACCUGGGCAAUGUCUCAGCGUUGAGAACAUUCAGAGUUCUCCGAGCGUUGAAAACAAUUUCAGUCAUUCCAGGUCUCAAAACCAUCGUGGGCGCCCUGAUCCAGUCAGUGAAGAAGCUGUCCGAUGUAAUGAUUCUGACUGUUUUUUGUCUGAGUGUAUUUGCACUAAUAGGGCUACAACUAUUCAUGGGAAGUCUAAAACAUAAAUGUGUACAAUGGCCACCGCCUGACAGCUAUUUUAGUGCAAGUAACAGUUCUUUAGACCUGAAUGGUACACUGCUGAAUGAGACAGAAUACACAUUCAACUACAAGAAAUACAUCGAAGAUGAACAAAAUCACUAUUUCUUGGAAGAAGCCAAAGAUGCACUACUUUGUGGUAAUGGCUCAGAUGCCGGUCGUUGUCCUGAGGGAUAUAUUUGUCUAAAAGCUGGAAGAAACCCUAAUUAUGGUUACACCAGCUUUGACACAUUUAGUUGGGCAUUCUUAUCAUUGUUUCGGCUGAUGACUCAGGACUUUUGGGAAAACCUUUACCAGCUGACCCUGAGAGCUGCUGGCAAAACAUAUAUGAUAUUUUUUGUGCUGGUCAUAUUCCUCGGAUCUUUCUACUUGGUCAAUUUGAUUCUGGCUGUUGUUGCCAUGGCCUAUGAUGAGCAAAAUCAGGCUACUUUAGAGGAAGCUGAGGAGAAAGAGGCAGAAUUUCAGCAGAUGCUUGAACAGCUCAAAAGGCAUCAAGAAGAAGCUCAGGCUGCAGCAGCUGCUGCAGCUGAGGCAGGGGAUGGAAGUGGAAGAAUUGGGCUGUGUGAAAUGUCGCAUAGUUCCUCAGAUACAUCAAAGCUCAGUUCAAAGAGUGCCAAGGAGAGACGAAACAGAAGGAAGAAACGGAAACAAACAGAGCAAGAAGCCGAGGAAAAGAAUAAUGAUGAAAGGAUUCACAAAUCAGAAUCAGAGGACAAUGGAAGAAAGGGGAAUGGUUUUCGAUUUUCCAUUGAUCGCAACUGUCUUUCUUAUGAAAAGAAAAAUUCCUCCCCACAUCAGUCACUACUAAGUAUUCGUGGAUCCAUCUUUUCUCCAAGGCGCAAUAGCAGAAGCAGCAUCUUCAGUUUCAAAGGACGGACUAAAGAUGUAGGGUCAGAAAAUGAUUUUGCUGAUGAUGAACACAGCACUUUUGAAGACAAUGAAAGCAGAAGGGGCUCACUCUUUAUUCCACGGAGGCAGGGUGAGAGACGCAGCAGUAACAUUAGUCAGACCAGUAGGUCCUCCAGGAUACUGCCAGUGCUUCCAGUGAAUGGGAAGAUGCACAGCACAGUGGACUGCAAUGGAGUGGUUUCACUUGCCGGUGGACCUUCAACUCCAACAUCACCCAUUGGACGACUUCUGCCAGAGGUGAUAAUAGAUAAGCCAGCUACUGAUGACAAUGGCACUAACACAGAAACAGACCUUAAGAAGAGGCGAUCGGGAUCUCAUCAAAUUUCUAUGGAUUUUCUGGAAGAUCCUAUACAAAGGCAGAGAGCUUUAAGUGUGGCCAGUAUUCUGACAAAUACUAUGGAAGAACUUGAAGAAUCUCGACAGAAAUGUCCCCCAUGCUGGUAUAAAUUUGCAAAUACAUUCUUGAUCUGGGACUGCCAUCCACACUGGCUAAAAAUAAAGGAAAUUGUUCACUUAAUUGUGAUGGACCCAUUUGUGGAUCUCGCUAUUACUAUCUGUAUUGUGCUGAACACCCUUUUUAUGGCCAUGGAACAUUACCCAAUGACGAAAAGCUUUGAAAGUGUACUCACAUAUGGGAACUUGGUAUUUACCGGUAUCUUUACUGGUGAAAUGAUUUUCAAAAUCAUAGCCCUGGAUCCUUAUUAUUACUUCCAAGAAGGAUGGAACAUUUUUGAUGGCAUCAUUGUGAGUCUCAGUCUAAUGGAACUUGGUCUUGCUAAUGUGGAAGGACUAUCCGUGCUGCGAUCUUUCCGAUUGCUCAGAGUUUUUAAAUUGGCGAAGUCAUGGCCAACACUGAACAUGCUGAUUAAAAUUAUUGGCAACUCAGUAGGUGCUUUAGGCAACUUGACUUUGGUGUUAGCCAUCAUUGUCUUCAUCUUUGCUGUGGUGGGCAUGCAACUCUUCGGUAAAAGCUACAAGGAGUGUGUCUGUAAAAUUGAGAAGAGCUGUAAACUGCCUCGCUGGCAUAUGAAAGACUUCUUUCAUUCCUUUCUAAUCGUGUUCCGUGUAUUGUGUGGAGAAUGGAUUGAGACAAUGUGGGAUUGCAUGGAAGUAGCUGGUCAGUCUAUGUGCCUCAUCGUCUUUAUGAUGGUCAUGGUAAUUGGUAACCUUGUGGUAUUGAAUUUGUUUUUGGCUUUGUUACUGAGCUCAUUCAGUGCUGACAACCUUGCUGCUACAGAUGAUGACAGUGAAAUGAACAAUUUACAGAUUGCUAUGGGGAGGAUACAGAGAGGUGUUGAUUAUAUAAAAAGAAAUGUCCGACAAUUUUUUCAGAGAACCUUUAUCAGAAGGAAAGUCACAGAAGACAUCAAACCUCUUGAUGACUUGCAUAACAAGAGAGACAUAUACAUCUCUGAUCAUACAACAGUUGAAAUCACUAAAGAGAUUGACUAUCAUAAGGAUGGAAAUUGCACCACCAGUGGAAUUGGCAGUAGUGUUGGGAAGUACAAUGCAGACGAAAGUGACUACAUGUCCUUUAUUCACAAUCCAAGUCUCACUGUUACUGUGCCAAUAGCUGUGGGAGAAUCAGACUUUGAAAACCUAAACACAGAAGACUUUACUAGUGAAUCAGACCUGGAAGGAAGCAAAGAGAAACUCGCUGAAAGCAGCUCAUCUGAAGGGAGCACAGUUGACAGGGAUCCACCUGGAGAGGGGGAACAACCAGAAGAAAUACCAGAAGAAUCCAUGGAGCCUGAAGCAUGCUUUACUGAAGGAUGUGUGCAAAAAUUCCCAUACUGCUAUAUCAACAUAGAAGAGGGCAAGGGCAAAUCAUGGUGGAACCUCCGAAAAACCUGCUACAGAAUAGUGGAACACAAUUGGUUUGAGACGUUCAUUAUUUUCAUGAUUCUUCUCAGCAGUGGUGCCCUGGCCUUUGAAGAUAUUUACAUUGAACAACGGCAGACCAUUAAGACAAUGCUCGAAUAUGCCGAUAAAAUUUUCACCUACAUCUUCAUUCUGGAAAUGUUGUUGAAGUGGGUGGCUUAUGGUUUUGUGAAGUAUUUCACUAAUGCUUGGUGUUGGCUGGACUUCCUCAUUGUUGAUGUCUCCUUAGUGAGCCUUAUAGCUAAUGCCUUGGGCUACUCGGAACUAGGUGCUAUUAAGUCCCUUAGGACACUCAGAGCUUUGCGACCUCUAAGGGCCUUGUCACGAUUUGAAGGCAUGAGGGUGGUGGUCAAUGCACUUCUCGGAGCAAUUCCUUCCAUCAUGAAUGUGCUGCUUGUCUGCCUGAUAUUCUGGCUCAUUUUCAGUAUAAUGGGUGUGAAUCUUUUCGCUGGAAGGUACUACCAAUGUAUCAACACAACUGAUGGAAAGAGAUUCCCCAUCAACAUUGUUGAAAAUAUAACUGAUUGCCUUCAGCUUAAUGAAACCGCACGAUGGCAAAACGUAAAAAUCAACUUUGACAAUGUCGGAGCUGGUUACCUUGCUUUACUACAAGUGGCAACAUUCAAAGGAUGGAUGGAGAUCAUGUAUGCGGCUGUUGAUUCAAGAGCUGUGCAGCAGCAGCCUGACUAUGAAUGCAAUCUGUACAUGUAUUUUUACUUUGUCAUUUUCAUCAUCUUUGGAUCUUUCUUCACCUUAAAUCUGUUUAUUGGUGUGAUUAUUGACAACUUCAAUCAACAGAAGAAAAAGUUUGGAGGUCAAGAUAUUUUCAUGACUGAAGAACAGAAGAAAUAUUACAAUGCUAUGAAAAAACUUGGCUCCAAGAAACCGCAGAAACCAAUACCAAGGCCCUUGAACAAGAUCCAAGGAAUGGUGUUUGAUUUUGUAACCCAGCAAGUUUUUGAUAUCACCAUCAUGAUUCUCAUCUGCCUUAACAUGGUCACCAUGAUGGUAGAGACGGAUGAUCAAAGUAAUGAGAUGGAUUACGUCUUAUAUAUGAUCAACAUGGUUUUCAUUGUCCUUUUCACAAGCGAGUGUGUGCUUAAACUGAUUGCACUCCGCUAUUAUUACUUUACAAUUGGCUGGAAUACUUUUGACUUUGUGGUGGUCAUUCUUUCAAUUGUAGGCAUGUUCCUAGCUGAAAUCAUUGAAAAAUACUUUGUGUCACCAACAUUAUUUAGAGUUAUCCGUCUUGCCAGAAUUGGUCGUAUCCUGCGUUUAAUCAAGGGUGCUAAGGGAAUCCGUACAUUGCUGUUUGCAUUGAUGAUGUCUCUUCCUGCUUUGUUCAACAUUGGUCUGUUGCUGUUCUUAGUCAUGUUCAUUUAUGCCAUUUUUGGGAUGUCUAAUUUUGCUUAUGUGAGGAAAGAGUCUGGCAUUGAUGACAUGUUCAACUUUGAAACUUUUGGAAACAGCAUGAUCUGCUUGUUUCAGAUCACUACAUCUGCUGGCUGGGAUGGGUUACUGGCUCCAAUUCUAAACAGUGGGCCACCAGACUGUGACCCAACAAAAGAUAACCCAGGCAGCCCUAUUAAGGGAGAUUGUGGUAACCCAUCAGUUGCAAUUUUAUUCUUUGUCAGUUACAUCAUAAUAUCUUUCUUGAUUGUCAUAAAUAUGUACAUUGCUAUUAUUUUGGAAAAUUUCAGUGUUGCUACAGAGGAAAGUGCUGAACCACUGAGUGAGGAUGACUUUGAAAUGUUUUAUGAAGUUUGGGAAAAAUUUGAUUCAGAUGCAACUCAAUUUAUGGAGUAUGGUAGAUUGCAUGAUUUUGCAGAUGCCUUGGAACCACCUCUUCGUGUUGCAAAACCCAACAGAAUACAACUUAUAGCUAUGGACUUGCCCAUGGUUAGUGGCGAUAGAAUUCACUGUCUUGAUAUCUUGUUUGCAUUUACAAAGCGUGUGCUGGGUGAGGGUGGAGAAAUGGAUGCUCUUCGACAACAGAUGGAAGAACGCUUUAUGGCAUCCAAUCCAUCCAAGAUAUCCUAUGAGCCAAUCACAACUACUCUACGACGUAAACAGGAACAUGUUUCUGCAACUAUAAUUCAGAGAGCUUUCAGACGAUACCUGAUAAGGCGAACAUUGAAACAAGCCUCUUUCAUGUUCAAAGAAAAAGGUAAAACAAGUGAGCUUUUACCUGGCAAAGAAGAAAUGGUAAUUGAUAAAUUUAAUGAAAUCUCCACGACAGACAAAACUGAUAUGACUCCUUCUACCGCAUCUCCACCAUCCUAUGACAGUGUAACAAAACCAGAGAAAGCCAGAGAGGAGAAAGAAAAAGAAGAUAGAGGCAAAGAUGUAAGGGAGUAUAAAAAGUAAAAUGCAAACAAAUAAAAAAAUCUACUUGUAUGACAUUGUUUACAGCCUUUUAAGUGUGACCCAACUGUAUGAACCAGAUUCCAUAUGGAGAUCUAUGCCAAACUGACAAUUAAUACACUAU